AUCUAUUUUGGAAAAUGCGUUACCAAAAAUCAUCUUCUUCCCUUCUCCAUCCAAGUCAUGUAACUCAUCAUCACCGGCAACUGGUGAUAACGGCAUCCCCACCGUUCGUCGCACGUUUGGUUGGGGGAUCGACGUCAAACCAAUGGUGCUGAUCCAAGCAAACCAUAGUAAUACGUAUUACGUCUUUUUGCUUUUUCCAUUUUUCAUCAAAAUUCCAGAUUUUCGCUGCAUCACCGUCAGUCUGUUUCCUCUGCAUGCUUGCUUGCUGCUAUGAACUCUGCUGCCAGAAAGGGGAGCUCUCUCUCCUUGUCUCCCCUCUCUCUAUCUCUGGCUCCCGCCAUUUUUCAGAAUUUCAAAACCUUGAUCGUCUGAAUGGAGUCACUCCCGAGAACAUCCGGUGCUGAUCGUUCCGAUUAUUGAGGGGUAGUGUUUUUCUCUUUUGCCCUUACUCCAGCCAUCUCCCGGGAGGAAUGGAGAAGCUUUCAUGUACGGAGAACGUUAGGUUGGGGUACAACUCGAGGAGGUUCCUGGGGAUGAGGAGCGCGAGCGAGCUCUCGUCGCCGAUCAUGCGGAGCCGGAACUUCGAUCCUGGCGGGAAGCCUCGGCCGGAUGCCGAAUUCGACUUUGGCGACGUCUUCGGAGGCCCGCCGCGAUUAGCUGCCGCCAAGGAGGUCCCCAGCCCGAAGCCGGUUGAGCAUUACGGGAACCUGAGGGAGAAGCCAGUUUUCGGCGAAGAGAGUCCGAGACGGCGGGUUGACAAGGACUUUUUUGAUGAUAUAUACGGAGGUGAAUGUCUUCCUGCUGCAAGAAAGCAGCCGGAGAAGAAGGUGGCUUUCUAUUCGAUGCCGGGGUCUCGGAUACUCAGCCCUACUUGUGCGUCACCUCCCAAAACUGUGCCAUUGAGUCCGGUGCCCUCCCUUCCUUCUAGGAUGAGCCAGUUUUCUGAUCUAGGCAAGGAAGCAGACAAUCGGACAUCCAUAACACCUACAAGUGGUAGCCCCAACACAUACAAACUCUCCAGUGCAGAGGGAGUUCCACCUUCACCAAUUCUUUCUGUCUCUAGCCCAAAACUGCAGCCUCAUGGGCAUGCUCAUAGCACCAGAUUUUCCGUGCAUUCAGUUCAAGGGCAACAGAACCCCGUAAAUGAAGUUAGGUCAUCAUACCAACGAAGUCGGUUAUCCCAUCAGUACUCUUUCAUGGAUAAUGAGUCACCAAAGCUGACGGAAUCAUCUGGUAGAAGGUCAGAAGGUGAUAUUAGAGCUAAUGUAAUUCAAGCAGGUCAUACAUCAAAGAACCUGCAAAACAGUAACCAAUUUCACUUCUCCAUUCACAAGUGGGCAGGAAAAGGAGCUGCACUUUUUAUGCCUCUGAAACGUUGGGAUGGUUCUGGACAGCAGAAUACAAGGGAAUCAAAGACUAGGGAGCAAACAACAGCUUUCCAGGAAGUUAGUAGUCGUGAUGUUGGGAAAGCAUUUGUUGCUUCCACUUCUAAUCAUGGAUGUUUUGAAGUAGAUGUUACCCCUUCUCAUGACUCAGAUCCAAACAAAAAAGAGUAUCAACAACAGAAGGAGAAGAAACUUUCUGACAGUGACCGUUGCAAUGCAUUUGGACAGAAUUUAACCAAAAGUGUUGAAAAUAUUGGUCCUCAUCUGAAAGAAGCAUCUGAAUUUCAAGUGAAGAACAUUCCAAGUUUGCUAAAAAAUGAUUCAGAAAAAUCAGGAAUGGAGAGGACGGUUGAUCAGCAAGCAGGUACGGGGCAAAAUGAGACUAAAUCAAGAAACAUCUGUGACAGCCAGAACAUUAAACAAGCCGCAACAGGUUAUGCGUAUGAAGAUGCAGAAGCAGCAAAAUCAACAGUGGAUACUGUAGAACCAAAUCCUGAAAGCAGAUUGCAUGGAAAUAGAGUGAAGAGCAAGGUUAAAGAAUUUAUCAAAAUAUUUAGUCAAGAGGCAUCUCAGAAAUCCAUAACUAAAGCUGAUAAUAAGGCUGAAAAAUCUGGCAGGAAAGGUAAACAACCCUCUAAUGUAGAAGCAAAGCUAAAUGCUUCUCCUUUAGAUACUAAGCUGGAGAAGAAUGUAAACAGUAGUGAUGAUGCAGCAUCAAGUCGUACUCUAAAGAUACAUCAUAUUUUAGAACAAGAAGAGGACUUUGAUCUGCAGUUCGACAAGCCUGACAUUCAUAGUUCGAGCUCAAAAAGAUACGAGUUUACUGCUCAAGAAACAUCUAAAGUGGCACAUGAUCUUAAAGGCAGGUCACCUAGUGAUAAUCUUCCAGGGAAUUGCUUGGUGGAGCCAUCUUCCAAUGACCCGAAACAUGAAAUCUUGACUCCUCAACCCCAGGAGGAGCUCCAGAAUUUGGACGCCAAAAUUAGGAAGUGGGCAGAUGGAAAAGAAGGAAAUAUCAGGUCGUUGUUGUCCACAUUACAAUAUAUUUUGUGGCCAGGAAGUGGUUGGAAGCCAGUGCCCCUUGUUGACAUAAUUGAAGGAACUGCAGUGAAGCGAACUUAUCAAAAGGCUUUGUUGUGUUUGCACCCAGACAAAUUGCAACAGAAGGAUGCAACAGUGCACCAAAAAUACAUAGCAGAGAAAGUCUUUGACAUCGUACAGGAGGCAUGGACACAUUUUAAUGACAUUAGUUCAUUCAGCUCCUCAUGAUCCCGUUGAUGUCAGCACCAUUUCUUUGGGUUGUCAGCAAAGUGUUAUUGUUCCUUGUGCAUCUAUAUGGCCCCAAAAUUUGGUCGUGGCUUAUUAGUUGUCCUCAAUCAUAUAGCAGGUGUAAAUAUGUUGUUAACUAGUCGAUUUCAACGGCUUGUCCUCAAGCACCAAAAUCCAGUGUAAAUAUGUAAGUUUUUAUUUAAUUUUUCUUCUUUUGGUGUAGAA